AAGCAAGGCGUGGAAUAGCUGCUGAGUUCUCGGUGUGCUGGUGUGCCAGAUGUCAAACAGCUGUGUGGGUGCUGGUGGGUGCUUCCGGAUCUCCCUAUGCACUCCCCCCCAAAGGAGACUCAAAGACACAACUUUUUACCAGGGAUGAAGAGUCGUGGUCACUUCAUGAUGCUAAUAGGGUCAAUUCAUCAAGAAUACAUAACCAGUCUACGGGUGGAUGCUGGUGAUAACAAGACAUGAGAAUAUACAAACACCCCUACUAAAGGCUUAAUAAGGGAGCUGGCGGUCAGAUCUGCUGCCCCAACUUUGGGAUCACUCUGCUUGCCCAGCAGGAAACUGUACUCAUUCCACCUCUGGUGUGUGGCCGGGACGCUUCCUACCUCCGGUCUGUCCUGAGAGGCUGCUUUCCCGCCUCAGAGCUUCCGAACACAGCUCGGUGAACCAGCGGUGACCCAUUUGUUUUGCCUCCUUCUAGAUCAUGCAUUCUUUGAGUCUUGGUCACGGGAAUGUUUUGUCUGGUCAGACACAAAGCCGUCAUCAGGAUAGAACCAACGCUGAACACUCAUGAUGUGUCGGCAGGGGCCUGGGAAAAGGCAGCUCCUGGUGGCGCACCUCUGAAUCAGCUGUUUCUUUUUGUCUCUGGCUUUAAAAGCUCUCUGGAACUGACCUGAUAUCCAGAGUCUUCUCCAAGUAUGAACAGGGAAACAUUGAAGUUUUCGUUGAAUAUGUUGACGUCUUAUGUUUUGAAAAGCAGUAGAGUGUCAAAGGCAAGAACCCCAGAAUCCUACCCAUCCUCCUGUGAGACCUUGGUAAUUAUCUAACAAACCUAUCAUGUGUCCACUGGGCUGGACCAUCUGCCGGGAGAACUCCCAGAAACCCAAGAUGCCUUGGGGUUUAUCUGCUUCCGGAAGCAGCUAGCCGUGGUCUUGGUGUUCUUCCCUGCCCACGUCUUUGAGUUUUGUUUUUUUUUGUUUUGUCUUGUUUUGUUUUGUUUUUCCUGUGCUCCGUCCUGAUGUAUAUGGCUUUCACAGUUGUGAAGCCGAAGGAUGACCUUGCUCUGUGGAUCGGACUGCGGUGAAGGAGCGAGCGGUGUGUGUAGAAGUCUGUGGGAAGAGAGGAACACCGAGCAUGUCUCCUCCAAACCAGUCCCUAGAAGGCCUUCCUCAGGAGGCCUCCAACAGAUCCCUGAACGCGACAGGAGCUUGGGACCCAGAGGUCCUGCAGGCUCUCAGAAUCUCGCUCGUGGUGGUCCUGUCUGUCAUCACACUGGCCACUGUCCUCUCCAAUGCCUUCGUCCUUACCACCAUUCUGCUCACCAAGAAGCUCCACACCCCAGCCAACUAUCUCAUUGGCUCCUUGGCCACUACGGACCUCCUGGUUUCUAUCUUGGUCAUGCCCAUCAGCAUAGCCUACACCACCACCCGCACCUGGAACUUUGGCCAGAUCCUGUGUGACAUCUGGGUGUCUUCUGACAUUACAUGCUGCACGGCCUCCAUCUUGCAUCUCUGUGUCAUUGCUCUAGACAGAUACUGGGCCAUCACCGAUGCCCUGGAGUACAGCAAGCGUCGGACCGCAGGCCACGCAGCAGCCAUGAUUGCGGCCGUCUGGGUCAUCUCUAUCUGUAUCUCUAUCCCUCCGCUCUUCUGGCGGCAGGCCACGGCUCACGAGGAGAUGUCCGACUGCCUGGUGAACACAUCUCAGAUUUCUUACACCAUCUACUCGACCUGUGGGGCCUUCUAUAUCCCAUCCAUCUUGCUCAUUAUCCUGUAUGGCCGCAUAUACGUGGCUGCCCGGAGUCGAAUCCUGAAGCCGCCCUCCCUCUACGGGAAGCGCUUCACCACGGCACAGCUUAUCACAGGCUCUGCUGGCUCUUCACUCUGCUCGCUCAACCCCAGCCUCCACGAGAGCCACACACACACAGUCGGCUCCCCUCUCUUUUUCAACCAGGUGAAAAUCAAGCUUGCUGAUAGCAUCCUAGAACGCAAAAGGAUCUCUGCAGCCCGAGAAAGGAAAGCCACUAAGACCCUGGGUAUCAUUCUGGGGGCCUUUAUCAUCUGCUGGCUGCCUUUCUUUGUAGUAUCCUUGGUCCUCCCCAUCUGCAGGGACUCCUGUUGGAUUCACCCGGUCCUCUUUGACUUCUUCACGUGGCUAGGUUAUUUAAACUCUCUCAUUAACCCCGUCAUCUACACUGUGUUCAACGAAGACUUUCGACAAGCGUUUCAGAAAGUCGUCCAUUUCCGGAAGGUCUCUUAGUCGGAUUUGGGGGUGACUCUUGUUUACCCGUUAUGUCCUGUAACCCCACUGGGGUUGCCUUUUUUUAAAAAUUACUGCCGUUUCUCUGAGACCUGGGUUGAUUUGUGCUAUCUUGGGUCUUGGAUUAAAUUAAUGGAUUUGUUCUGUGUUUGAUUGCCAGCAUCCUCCAGACCCCUGAAUCAUCUAAAGCUAGGUCAUUGUGUUGUGUAAAGGGCAGACAGGACUGACGACAUCCCUUAACAUAAUAUCCUCAUGGUUCUCUGGGUUGGAAGAAAUAUAACUGUAGGACCCAGGUGAAAGAAUGUCUUACUCUCUAGCAGGCUUGGAGGGAAGGCCUUCUGGUCUACCUGGGAUUUUACAGAGGGCUUUUGAGAAUGGGUGUGAUCAUUGACUUGAAUUAAAAAAGAAUUUGGAGUUAGAAAGGAGGGGUUGUCAUCUCCUGUAGCUCGUUGAUUAGAAGAUAACACCCAGGAAUUGUUUCUACUGGGUCCUGGUUGUCCAUAAGGAAAGUGGUAUCAGUGACCCAUCGUAGAUGGAGAGAAAGUCAGAAAGAGGCAGCAGGAGAGAGGUAUACUUGGGACCAGAUCAGCUCUGCAUCUUUCGUUCUUCCCUCUGUCUCUAUUAUGCAAUGUUCCGAAGAUAAAACCCACCAUCCUGUAGCUCAAGAAGACUGACCAGUACGGGACACUCGAAGCUUUGAAUGGGACACCUUAUUCUGAAUUUUUCCCCCCUGGAUUAUUCUUUUUUACAACCCUUGUCCUCGGAGUUCUUAAGAUGUUGAGUGUUACCAAAUAAACUGCAUGAGACACA